ACGCCAUGAACAGCCUUCGAUGGCGGAGGAGGGGGCCCAGAACAGCUCAGAGGCUGCUGUAGCUGUUGGAGGCCAAGCGAAUCUUCCUAAUAACGCAGCCUCCGGUUCGUUUAGACCUGAGACUUCGUACACAGGUACCAGUCUGCGGACUCCCGCUCGAUCUUUCUACCAUCGGUCAUUAUUCCAUGGCUCCCAAGGUAUGCCCCUCCGGACACAAUCUUUCGCGGGCAAAAGACGGGGUGGAUUUGAGGCAGAUCUACGUACUGACAAGCAAUCGAACAGACCCCGCCCAGUAUUCCUCUCAAGGUGUUCGGGAACAGACAGCUGAACUGGCCUCGUUAGCAUUGUCAGAUGCGGAAUCAGCACUGAGCGGCACGUCGCUUCCAAAAAUAUCCGAUAUCCCGCCCAUUCUGGAUGUCAUGCAGCCAGACCAACAUGAUCCGGAGGUAAUGUCGGAGGCGAACAGUUCCGCAACAGAGAUUUUAAAGGAGAUCCCGCAACUGCCAUCGACGCAGGUUGCUCCCUCUCGCCAGCCCAGUUCGUCAGCAUUGACGGAAUUGAUACGCAAUUCCCCUCCCAAUGACACUGGCAGCCAGGAGGAUGGUGAAGGGCAGUUGACCCCGAGACCGGCCCUUACAGUGACGGACGAGUCGGAGCUAUCAGAUAACGAGCAGACAUCGCUGAUUAGGAAGCCAUCAAGAUCGUCGAAUCAACAACAGGGUUAUGGCUCUAUAGGUGACAUUGAAAACCAGGGCCCAGCGAUAAGAAGGAAAGAGAAUAUAUUCACUCUGGCCCAUUCGAAGGGUGAGCAGUUCCGGAGAUUCGUUCUGAAUCCGAAGUCUUGGAAUAGACGAACGAUAUGGAAAGAGGGCGUGGUUCGGCCGGUUAGCCUGCUUCCCGCUGUGUUCCUGGGACUUCUUCUCAACGUCCUGGAUGCUUUGUCCUACGGCAUGAUUCUCUUUCCGCUGGGCGAACCGAUAUUUGCAGAUCUUGGUUCUGAUGGCAUCUCCAUGUUCUAUGUCAGUACUAUAAUUGCACAAUUGGUGUUUUCCAGUGGCGGCUCCAUCUUCAGAGGCGGUGUGGGGAGCGAGAUGAUUGAAGUCGUUCCAUUUUUCCACAAAAUGGCCUUCAUGAUCCUGAACAGAGUGGGCGAGGAUAAUCCAAAGUCCGUUCUGGCAACUACUAUUCUGUCUUUCUCAAUGAGCUCCGUCUUGACAGGCAUUGUAUUUUUCCUCAUGGGUGCCUGCAAGCUCGGGUCUCUUAUUGGAUUCUUCCCUCGUCAUAUCCUUAUAGGCUGUAUUGGUGGUGUUGGCUGGUUCUUGGUGGCUACAGGUGUCGAGGUCUCAGGUCGACUGCCGGGCUCGCUCGAAUAUAAUCUUGAGACUUUGCACAAGCUUUUUCAGUUUGAUACAAUUUUCCUUUGGACGAUACCCUUGUUGCUUGCAGUUUUCCUUCUUGUUCUGAAACGUUUUAUCAAGUCGAACUUCCUUGUUGGUGGCUACUUCAUUGCGGUUGCGGGUCUAUUUUACGUGGUAAUUUCUAUCGCCAAGAUUCCUUUGAGCACUUUGCGAGAGAAUGGAUGGGUAUUUGAUGCCCCUUCGUCGAAUAAUCCGUGGUACCAUUUCUAUACGCUCUAUGACUUCUCCACCGUCAAUUGGCCUGCUCUUGUUGAUACUAUUCCCGCCAUGUUUGCGCUGACGUUCUUCGGUGUGCUUCACGUUCCCAUCAAUGUUCCGGCUUUGGGCAUCUCGACUGGUGAAGACAAUUUGAACGUCGACAGAGAGCUUAUUGCUCAUGGAGUUACGAACGCCCUUUCUGGAUUUGCGGGCAGCAUACAGAACUAUCUCGUCUACACGAACAGCCUCCUGUUUAUUGAUAGCGGCGGUAGCUCGCGUCUAGCAGGCAUACUCCUGGCUGUAGCUACGGGAGGUAUUCUCAUUGUGGGACCGGUCAUCAUCGGAUUCAUACCCAUCAUGGUUGUCGGUGCUCUCAUUUUCUUGCUGGGCAUCGAACUGAUGGAGGAGGCGCUGAUCGAUACGUGGGGCAAAUUGCACAGACUGGAGUAUCUGACGGUGGUGAUCAUCGUCGUCACAAUGGGUGCCUGGGAUUUCGUUGCGGGUAUCCUCGUGGGCAUAAUCCUCGCGUGUGUCAACUUCGUCGUCCAGACGUCACGCAAAUCUGCCAUCAGAGCGACCUACUCUGGCGCAGUUGCUGGCUCAACCGUCAGACGGCAUCCUAUCCAGCAACGGUACCUAAAGGAAGCCGGACAGCAAACGCUUAUUAUCAAGCUGGCUGGAUUCCUGUUUUUCGGAACCAUCGUCAAGGUCGAGAACACGACUCGAGGGCUUAUAGAAGAGGAAGCAUUCUCACGGCGUCCAAUACGGUUCCUGGUGCUCGAUCUUUCCCGGGUCUACGGACUGGACUUCUCGGCCGCGGAAGCGUUCACGCGCAUCAACAGAAUUCUUCGAAAGAGGAACGUCCAGACCAUCAUAUCGGGGAUAAAUGUUGGAGGUGAAGUGGGAAGAAGUCUGCAAAAUGUCGGGCUCUUCGAGGAGGAGGCUGGUGUGGAGAUAUUCGAGGAUCUGAACUCGGCGCUGGAGUUCUGCGAAAACGAUUACCUCAAGGUGUUCUACAGCCGCAAGGAGGCGUUAUCUGAGAUUCCGCAGCAACCGACGCAAUACCUCGAGGUCCCCAAGGCACAUAGCGCUCCGUUGUCGGCUGAUACGUUGUUCAGCUCUCCGCGGCGGCGCUAUCUCCACCAGGUAGCGACAACGACUCUGCGCGAAGACGAAGCUGUUAUGGCCGUUCUGCCGAAGUGGUCCACCUUCCGACAGCCCCUGCCGUUGCUCCUGCAGACCUUCCAGGGUAUGACGACCCAGAACGAAGACUUCUGGUUUCCUGCCACCACGUACUUUGUGCAGGAGUUCUACCCGGCCGGAACUGUCCUGUUCCAUGAAGGCGACGCGCCCAGGAACUUCUACCUUCUGGAGUCUGGCAUGCUCCGUGCGGAGUAUCAUAUGCCGCAGGGCCAGUAUUUCGAACUCAUAGUGGCAGGACGACCUUGUGGAGAGCUGCCUUUCUUCAGCGAGACACAGCGGACGGCCACUGUGACAGCGGAGCAAGACUGCACUGCAUGGUGCCUGAGCGCGGAGAAGUGGGAGGAACUGCGGGAACGCGAGCCGCAGAUCGCACAGGAGCUGUUGAGAGUCAGUUUGAAGCUGACAGCCGAGCGGAUGGAGAGCAUCACAGCGUAAGUUGACUUGAGUCUGGUUGUUGGAGUACUUGAUACUGACAUUAGCAUGAUAGAUACGUUCUCACUAUGGCCGGAUGAGCAAGAUGGUUUUGCUCGC